AUGGCGGCGUUUACGGAUUUUGACCUUUAUGACGACACGACGAUAUCUCCAUUUUUUUAUGAUUACAAUGAUCAAUUGUUCUAUAUAUCAUUUAGUGAAAUUCUACAACUCUACGAUAAUAAUACUGCUGAAGAUAUUUAUUUUCGCACCUUUAAUUAUCGAAAUCUUUAUAAAGUCAUUUGUACAAAACUUUCUGUUGAAUUUAGGGAGUUAUAUCAAAAUAAAUUUAUUUAUUAUGUAAAGCUUCAACAGUUUAAACAGGAAGAACGAAAAAAUUUUGAAGAGCAGCUAAAUAAAGAUUUAACUCAUUAUUUAAUAAAAAACCAAUCUACACAACUUUCUUCUAAGUUCAUUAAAGGUUGUAGUUUUGUUACUGAUGUCGAAAACUCGUUACAAUAUUUACGAUAUAUUCCUCCCAAACAAGACGAGUUUUAUAAAGGUUUCCAACCCUAUGAAGGUUAUGGAGAAAGCUCAACUGCCAUUGCUCCCGAAUAUUUUAAUGAAAUUGAAAACAAAUUUAAUAAACGUCAUGAAGGAAACUCAGUUAUGGAGAAUUCCACGAUUAAUUCUGAAUCUUCGAAUGAAAGCGAAAGUCAAUCUCAUGAAGAAAGGAUGGUUUUUACUCCUGAACUUUCAAAUAAAAGCGAAAACCUUCAGUAUAAUGCUACUGUAAAAGGAAAAAAUAAAAGAUGGAAGGAAGUUGACAUUAAAACAUUAUUAACAUACUUGAAAGCAAAUAAAGAAAAGGUUGUACAGUUGGCAAGUCGAGGUAUUCUUGCUAAUGAAGUUAGAGAGAAGCUUUGGAAAGAUGCCUCCAUUAUUUUACACGAAAAUUAUUCUGCCCAUCAGUGUGAAAUCAGAUGGAAAAAUACGAAACGGAAUUACAAAAAAGGUCCAUACCGUUGGUAUAAAUAUAUUGAAGAAAUUCUUGUAAUAGAUUAA